UUUUUAGGUUGAUUGAGCGUAAACAUAACUUUUUUAUCCUCGUGUUGGAGCGUACUAGUUUUGUUAAAGGGAAAAAAGAUAGAACCACGCGAUGAAAUAUGCUCUGGAGAAGGUGACAAAAUGUUCCGGUCGGAUCGGUACCCUAAGUGGUAUUGACAGGUUGCCAAAUAUCAACCUACGAACACCGGCACUGGUACUACAUUCCAAGGGCGGCAGCAUACCUCAUCUUUCGAAAGAAGUCCUCCAAUACAUGAACUUGGAGCCCACAGUUAUCCAAUACUCUCUGGCAAACACAGAAAACAUGGAGGAAGCAAUCAGAGCUUCAGGAAACGGUAUCUCUUAUUUCGUUGCACAACCGGAAAUGAUUUCAUUGCUAACCCUCCAGGAUCCGGCAGAAUUUUGUCAACCAAAUUUUCACGAGAAGGACCUCGUACCAAUCUACUGUAGAAGAGGAAGGAGAAAUUUCACUGUCGAACAGUAUAUGGAACUUGUGGAAGCUUUCCAGCCGGACGUGUUCGUUCCACUUUUUGAUGGAUAUACCGACGAGAUCAGUUCUAAGAAACGUGUACAGAAAUCGGUGGAAAGGACGGAAACCUUGGUGGAGCAGUUUUUGGAAGAACGUAAAAAAUCGGGCAAACUUGGACAAUCAACUAUUCUAGCUCCACUAGUUGGUGGUUACAACAUUAAUCUAAGAGAAAAGUACAGCAAAUUCAUAUCCCGAUUCGAGCAUGAUUUUAGUGGGUACUUAAUCGCUGGCCUUCAUUCAAAUGGUUCAACAGCUUCUAAAAUAGAACAAAAAUCUUUGUUGGAGAUUGUCUCCAAAAUAUGCGAAUUAUUGCCAUCGGGAAAACCCCGUUUCGCUUUCGGGGCUUUUAAUCCUAAUGCCAUUCUAGAGAUGAUAAGUUGCGGAGUUGAUGUUUUUGAUACAAGCUAUCCUUAUCUCAAGACACAACAACAUCGUGCGCUGGUUUUCAGUUUCAAUGUGGACGAGAAGGAGGUAGAUGAUCGGGAAACCGAGCUAGACUUGACAGAUUCUCGAUGGGCGCAAGAUUUCACUGGAUUCGUAAGUUCGUGUGCAUGUUUAGCGUGCACUAAACACACGCGGGCUUAUUCACAACACCUUUUCAACACACGGGAGAUGCUAGGACCAAUUUUGCUUAUGAUACAUAAUCUACAUCAUUUCUUCGAGUUCUUCAAAGUUAUCCAGAAACACGUUGUCAACGAUACGUUACCAGAUUUGCAGAAUCAUUUGAAAAAGCAAAAGUUAGUUCCCUAUGAAGAGAAGGAAGCAUCUAAAGAUUCCAAAGCGGAUGGUAAAUUUGUUAAGUCAACAGAACUAAAUCCUGAUGAGUUACGACCGAAAAAGCUUAAAAUAUAAUGAAUGAAACA